AUGAGUGCGAAAGACUAUGGAAGCGCCCUGCGCAAUGGCCAUUAUGCCUCUAUUCUGCUCUCAAAAGCAAGUGGUGCCGAGUCUCAACCAACCCCGAGCUCAACCUCCGGUUCCGUAUCGGAUCCAGCCCCGGUUGCCGGGGCCUUGAUUAAGGCUUUCGUUACCCAGUUAAUUUCAUCUGGCUCUGGGUCUGACCCGGCGUCCGAGACACCAGCAGACGCUCCACAGGUUCUCUCAGUAGGCAUCGCUGCCCUGAAUGCCUUCCUCCAGGUCAACGUCACUGGCCCGGUGCUCCCUGAGUCGGCUGCCAUCAGUUCAUACUUUACCAAGGGGUGGGCCAGUGCCCAAUCGGACGUCAAGAAAAAGUCCCAUGCUCAUCUUCACAAGGCUUGCCUCAACUAUCUUGAUGUUGACGGUGUGUCGCCGUAUGCUUACAUCCCUCAUUUGGAACUAUUUUCUCUAGCGCGAUUCAUCCUCACACAGCAGCUCAAAUUAGCUACCAACGAUGUUGUGAAGAUCCCUUCCGAGGAACAAUCCCUCAAGUGCAGCCUUGCUUGGACACGACUUCGUGUUAACGUAUGGCACUACAAGCUCUUGACACAACCUAGUCUGGGACAUGGCUCCAACUUUGCUCGAAGCUCUCAGUGGAGUGAUGUGCCUACACUGGCAUCCAAGAUUUUGGAAGAGAUCAACAGUGUACGAGCCCAAGUUCUCGGAGAUGAGGUUUGGGCCUCGGACAACGAUGCAUGGAGUCGCGAUGAAAAGGUUCAAUUCCUUGUUGAGGCAGCCAACAACUACAUCCUGCUGGGGCGUGACGACAAAGCCAAGGAAGCUCUCAAGGAGGCUUCUCAGACAAGCGGUCUCGAGUACGCUCUCUCGGGUGCUCUCGGAAAGAGGACCAAAUUCCAGGAGAACAGCAUCAGUCAGCUGGUCGUUCUGGCCAAGAGUGGCGCUGAACAACAGAGCGACAGCGCGGAGGAGAAGGCCAAGCCUGAUGCCCUUCAGCUCAAUGAUGACACUCUUCACGAGGAGAUCCAAUUUUCAAAAGAGGAAAACGUAGAGGAUAAGAAGACCUCUCUUCCUACAGCCCUAGCUGAUCUGUCACCUGAUGACCAGCCACAGCUCUCGCCUCUUGACCAAAUCAUUCUUCUCACAGAAGCUACGCUUAAGGAUGCUUUCUCCCCUAUCGACACCCUGACUUCAGCAGAGGUUCUGCCGUACGCAGUACGAGUCAUUGGAGACAAGUCGACUAACUGGCAAAUUUACACCCAUGCCUUGUUGGUCCGUUCUCGAAUUGAGGUGCACCGCAGCCGAACUGUUGAGCGAGGUGUGCUUCAACUCCAAGCUGUGGCUGACCAGGUCCUGACCGACACAACUGCUGAGGCCCAACAAAAGGCUGAGGCACAGGAGCAGAGUUCUGAAGCGGAUGCCCCAGCGAUCCAAGUCACUGCCCCCGAUAAAGCCCCGGCACCUAUUCAGAGCAAGCCAACCUCUUUCCUUCCUGCCCCCAAAGCUUCAGAAUCUGCCCCCGCACACGUCCGCCUCGAGUACAUUCACGCCAUCUGCUCCCCUCCUCGAUGGCAUCUUGAGUCUGAGCUGGCCUACGCCUGGGCCGGCAUUGGUUCUUUAGCCUCUGCUCUUGAAAUUUUCAAGCGACUCAGACUGUGGGCCGAAGUGGCACUCUGCCUCGCCAGCGCCGCGGCGUCCGAGGAUGAAGAUGGCCGUGGCAGUGGUGGCGAAGAGAAGGCUAAGGGAAUUAUCCGAUGGAGACUGUUCCAUCGCACCGGAGAGACAUCUCCCACGGACCCAGAUGAUGAGGAUAUCGUUAAUGAUGUGACCCUUCUCAAGGCUGCAGACUUUUCUGGACCAGAGCGUGAGCCUUCGCCACCCAACGCCCCACGAUUGUUCUGCAUUCUGGGUGAUAUCGAGAAUGAUCCUUCUUAUUACGAGCGUGCUUGGGAGAUCUCCAAGCAUCGUUUCGCUCGAGCACAAAAGUCACUUGGCGAAUACUACCUUCAGAACAAGGAAUGGGAGAAGGCCCGCGAGGCAUACAAGAAGGCAACAGCCGUCAACCGCCUGAGUCCCGAGAUGUGGAGUCGCCUCGGAGAUAUCAGCCUGCGUCUUGCACAGUUCCGUGAUGCUGCUGAAGCCUUCAACCGUUCCAUCGGAUCUGCCAGUGAUACGGCUGGAGGUGAAGAUGCUCGAACGUGGAGCAACCUGGGAAGUGCUCUUUGGAGUCUGUACUGCGAAGUUGUCGCCGAGAACAAGGCGAAUCCCACCACCACCGGUGAGCCGUCUGCGCCUGUCCCUGCUGAAGAUGAAGAGGACGAUGUUGCUCUUGCUACCCCUUCCAAGCCUUCGGACCGUGACCCAGCCACCCUUCUUAGCCAAUCUCUUGCGGCUUACAAGCGAGGCGCUUCCAUCAGCCACGACAACUGGCGAAUUUGGGAUAACGUGCUCACAUUGGCAUCACGUGUCCAACCGCCUGCUGUAGCAGAUAUGGUUGUUGCGCUCACGCAUAUCAUUCGCAUUCGAAAAACCGAAGAUGCUCUUGACGUUGAUGUCCUUGGUGCGCUACUUCAAGACGCUGUGCUUUCUGUAGAGAAGACAUCGAACACAGGUGUGUACGAUCCUCCUCGAGGAACACCUGAGAGACUGGUGAUGCGCCUGUUUGAGGAGGAGGUGGUACCGCUCAUCACAAAGCGAUCGGAGCUAUGGGCACUGAUCUCGCGACUUCGUGCCUGGAGAAGAGAUUACUCAGGUUCUAUUGACGCAGCUGAGCGAGCAUGGCGUGCAGUUCUUGGACAAUCGGGAAGUGGUCUUCUGCCCGGCGCAGCAGCCACAACAGAAGAUGAGGCGCGAGACUGGACCGUUGACGAGGGUGCUUGGACUAUCGUUGUACAGAGAACUGAUGAGCUGGUAUCAGUGUAUGAGAACUGGGGUCCCUCUGUUGAAACUAUCGGCAUAAAAUACCAUGAUUUCCAGCCCCUUGUGGACUUAUCAACAGCAGAUUCAAACUACCCACGCGGAAAGAUAGCCGCGAUCAUUGAAACAACUUCACCGACGCCCAUCUGCUGA